UUUUCCUCCCCGGUUAAAGAUGGCGGCGACGGUGGUCGCGCUGAGGAGUUCUUGUCGGGCUGCGGGGCGCCUGUUCUGCAUACGUCAUAUUAGGCCCUAUAGUAGUAUUCGUUUGCUGAAAGCAAGACACAUUUAUGGAUUUGAUAAAUCUGCAUGGAGGUAUCGACAUCAGCACCAGUUGUUCAGAACAACUGUUGCUUCAAGUGGCCAAAUUGUACAGUUCAAGCUUUCUGAUAUUGGAGAAGGAAUCACUGAGGUGACUGUCAAAGAGUGGUAUGUCAAAGAAGGGGAUACUGUAUCUCAGUUUGACAGCAUCUGUGAAGUACAAAGUGAUAAAGCCUCUGUCACUAUCACCAGUCGCUAUGAUGGCGUCAUUAGAAAACUCCAUUAUGCAUUAGAUGAAAUAGCCCACGUGGGGAAACCGCUGGUGGAUAUAGAAACAGCCACUAUAAAAGAUGUCGUUCCUGAAGAAGAUGUUGUGGAGACGCCUGCUGUGUCGCAUGAAGAGCAGACCCACCAGGAGAUUAAAGGCCACAAAACCUUGGCCACCCCUGCCGUCCGCCGCCUUGCCAUGGAAAACAAUAUUAAGCUGAGCGAAGUUGUUGGAACUGGGAAGGAUAACCGUAUCCUCAAAGAAGACAUUCUCAAUUACUUGGCCAAGCAGACGGGAGCUAUUUUACCGCUUUCGCCAAAGCCUGAAAUAAUCCCACCUCCACGAAAAAGAGACCUGGCGGCAGACACAUCCAAGGAGAAGGAGUCUAGAAUCCCUGUGCCGAUUGCUGGACCUGUAGUACUUUCAGGGAAAGAUAAAACAGUGGCCUUAUCAGGAUUCCAGAAAGUAAUGGUAAAAACCAUGACUGCUGCUUUGAAGAUUCCUCAUUUUGGUUAUUGUGAUGAGGUUAAUCUUUCUCAGCUCGUCCGUUUGAGAGAAGAGUUGAAACCUGUCGCUCAAGAACGAGGAGUUAACCUCUCCUUCAUGCCCUUCUUUUUAAAGGCUGCUUCUUUAGGGUUGUUACAUUACCCUAUUCUUAAUGCGUCUUUGGAUGAAAAUGGCCAAAACAUCACGUACAAGGCUUCUCACAACAUUGGAGUUGCGAUGGAUACAGGACAAGGCUUGGUGGUCCCCAAUGUGAAAAACAUUGAGGCUCGAAGUGUAUUUGACAUUGCCUCAGAAUUAAACCGCUUACAAAACCUGGGAGCUACUAACCAGCUGGGAACAAAUGACCUCACAGGGGGAACAUUCACACUCUCCAAUAUUGGCACAAUUGGUGGUACAUAUGCAAAACCAGUGAUACUCCCUCCUGAAGUGGCUAUUGGAGCUCUUGGAAAGAUACAGGUCGUCCCACGAUUUAAUAGUAAAGGGGAAAUAGUUAAAGCACAAAUCAUGAAUGUGAGCUGGUCAGCGGAUCACAGAAUCAUUGAUGGCGCAACCAUGUCCCGUUUUUCAAACUUGUGGAAAUCCUACUUGGAGAACCCCGCUUCGAUGCUGUUGGAUCUUAAGUAAAGGAGACUAAGGCCUGGACUCAGUUUUUAACUGUGGAACUAUCAAGCUGGCACUGCUAGCGUGACCUUAAGAACUACUACAUUUCCUAAUCUAUGAUUACCUUGUGUAACAACUAGGACUUUCAGACAGUGGCCACGACGCUGGUUAUCUGUUACAUUCUGUCUGGUUGAGCAGCUUGAUGGUAAAUUAUUUGGUGGAAGAUUGUCGUCAAGUCAUGAUAUGACUCCUGUUAAGGUAGUGAGAAAUCUAUGGUGAUUUAAAAUGCUUUAUAGUCACAUGACCAGAAGAAGGCUGCUAAGAUUUCUGGAUUUAUAGACUGCUUGUGCUGUACACAAAAUUAAUUAUGUUGAAACAUAUUUCCAAUUGGAAAUAAAAGUUUCUAGUUGAAGUAUUAAAAAAUAAAAUCUAAGGGGAUGUUGCCAAAUUUCUAUUGCAUCUAAUGCCUUAGAAAAAAAUUGAAACAAAAAGCCUUUUAUUUUAUUACAUAUUUUAGACAUGGCCUUUUCUUGCUUAACAGUUCAAACUUUCCUUUUCUUUUUAAAAAUGGCCUUUACACCAAAAAUACUUCUUGCUGCAGGUGUCUGUUGAAAUUUACAAAUACACACCGUGUAGCAUGCAAAACCCACAGUGCUUCCCUUUGGAAGGAAAAGCUGUAUGCCACAUAUAGAAUCGCACAUGCAUUUUGAAGAUAGGAACUUGGUUCUUGGGUGUUUCAAGGAACACUAAAGCUGCAUAUAGUAUGCAGAUAUCUAUAUGGUAAUGUGCAAAGCUGCUCCUGGUGGAGAGAUCUUUGCAAUAUUCAAGAGUAUUGUGUUGUUGAAGGCUUUAAUGGCCGGAAUCACUGGGUUGCUGUGAGUUUUCCGAGCUGUAUGGCCAUGCUCCAGAAGCACUCUCUCCUGACGUUUCGCCCACAUCUAUGGUAGGCAUACUCAAGAGGUUGAGGGGUCUGUUGGAAACUAGGCAAGUGAGGUUUAUAUAUCUGGAAUGUCCAGGGUGGGAGAAAGAAUUGUAGUCUGCUUGAGGCAAGUGUGAAUGUUGCAAUUGGCCACCUUGAUUAGCAUUUAAUGGCCUUGUAACUUCAAAACCUGGCUGAUUGCUGCCUGGGGGGAUCCUUUGUUGGGAAGUGUUAGUUGACCCUGAUUUAUUCUUGUCUGGAAUACCCCUGUUUUAUUAGUGUUGCUCUUUAUCUACUAUCCUGAUUUUAGAGGGUUUUUAAAAUACUGGCAGCCAGAUUUUGUUCGUUUUCAUAGUUUCCCCCUUUCUGUUGAAAUUGCAGCUUCAAAGCCAGGCUUUGAAGCUGCAAGGCCAUUAAAAGCUAAUCAAGGUGGCCAGUUGCACUUGCUUCAAGCAGACAAAAGUUCUUUCUCCCACCCUGGAUAUUCCGCAGAUAUAUAAACCCCACUUGCCUAGUUUCCAAUAGACCUCACAGUCUUUGAGGAUGUCUGCCAUAUAUGUGAGCAAAAUGUCAGGAGAGAAUGAUUCUGGAGCAUGGCCAUACAGCCCAGAAAAUUCACAUCAACCCAAUUCAAGAGUAGGUUGGAAAACCUGUAGAUCAAAGAGAUGUAUCUUGACUGAAGACUCAGAAAUAAAUAGUAUUUUCCCCAGAUGCUUUAGAGAAUGGAUUUCUGGAGGUUGCAAAGGGCCAAGUUAAACUUGGAUAAUUCUUGAUGCAAGAUAUUAAGGUGCAAUUGAUACUCCUUAUGAAAUGAAUGUCACAAGACUUUUGAAGGAGUAAUGAUCAUGCCACAUGGUUUUCUAUUCUCAUAUACUCUUGUGAACAAAUGUAAUAUAUGAAGGAGGCCUUUUCUACCUUCUCUGGAAGAUUCAGUCUAGCUGAUCUCUGUAGCCGUAAUCAUAAUCGCACACUUUCAGCUAUAACAAUUAUGGGAUUUCUAAUAAUUCAUAUAUUACAUCAGCCCAAAUAAAUGCAUAAAUGUGAACGUCUGAGGCUUUAAAAGAGAGAAGCAAAGGCAUAAGCUGCCUUGAAUGUACAAACAAAAAGCGUAAAUGAAAUAUAUUUUUUCAGAUAUAUUGGGCUCAAAAUAGCCUAUUUGAUUUCAGAUUAAGAUUUCCCACAGCAUGACUGGAGUUCACACUCCAUUUUGUUACACACAUGUUUUGGUCAAAGGUAUAAUGCAAACAGGCCCUAAAAGUAAAUGAAACUUCAAAUAAAAAUAUCAGGUUGCAGACAAAUAAUACGGAGACGCACAGCCAUUUGGGAAAAUUAAAAUGAAGCAUCCUUCAUCAAAAUCAUAUUAACAAAUUGUUGCACAGUUACUUGCCUUGUUCAUUUUUAAACAAUCCUAUUCUCUUUCCAAUAGUUUAUUUGGGUGUUGAAAAAAAUCAUAAAAUUUGUGAAGAUAAGUUGAGGUAAAGUACAGAAUGUCAGGAUAGAGUUUUAUAUAUAUAUAUAUAUUUGUUUCUCUGAGGAACAACAAGGAGCAAUGUGAAAUGAUAAUGUUCUUCCUGAUUUUUAAAAAAGACAGUGUAUACUACCUUAACAUUUCUUUUUCAUUGUUUUAUAUACUUCAGUAAAUCUCCUUUUAUUAUUA